AUGCUGAGACCCAGCUUGCCCGGCUCUGUCUUCGGUUCUCCUGGAGUCCUCAACAGGCUGGACUGGGACAUGUCCCCCACCUUGUUGCGGACAGUGAUCAUCUUAGCCUACUGCAUCGCUUGCCAGAGAGCUGCUGGGUUUGGAGCCCAGGUGGACGCCUUCACACUGAGGAAGUUCUGUGAAAGGGAAUGGCCAGCCUUUGAGGUUGGCUGGCCUGAGACGGGAAGUCUCGACCUGGGAAAGUGCACGGCAGUGCACGAUGUGAUCUUUGGGAAUCCCGGGCACCCUGACCAAAUGCCAUAUAUUGAGAUCUGGAUGAGUAUUGCUAAUGAUAAACCAAGGUAUCUGCGGGAGUGUCAGGGCGACUCCAAAGGAAAAAAGAAGGUCAAAAGCAGGUCGAGAGUGUUGGUGAUCAAGGGCACGAAGGGGGAUAGAUUCCCUAGGAGGCCUACAGCUCCUCCUGUCCUCCCCACUAAGCCCGAAUCCCCCAUACGACUGAAAAAGAGGAGGGAUGAGAACCCUCCACCGUAUGCUGGCACUUCAGGGGCUACCACUCCUGAACCCGAUUCCACUUCUGGGUUGCCAUCAGGAGUCCUGAGCCCACCUCAUACCAGAGCAGGAACUAUGUUUGGGUCAGAGUCCACACCAGUCGGGACUUUUCCUUUACGGGAGGUGGGGGAAUUAGAUAUGUCAGGACGGCCCCUCCGAACUUAUGUCCCGUUUAGCACUUCUGACUUGUAUAAUUGGAAGAAUCAAAACCCUCCUUUCUCUGUAGACCCAGAAGGGGUGGCAACUCUACUUGAGUCAGUUUUUUACACUCAUCAACCUACUUGGGAUGAUUGUCAGCAGCUGCUGAGUACCCUAUUCACUCUAGAAGAAAGGGAGAGAAUUAAAAUCGAGGGAAAGAAACAGGUCCGGGAUAAAAAGGGAGAGCCUCCCACUGACCAGGACGUGGUGGAGGAGGUGUUCCCCCAAUCCCGACCUAAGUGGGACCCCAACACAAGCACCGGGUAUGAGGCCCUCACCAGGUACCGCCAGACUCUAUUAAGGGGUAUCCGGGCUGCGGGUCGGAAACCCACCAAUCUGUCUAAGGUGACCGAGUGUAAGCAGGGUGCAGACGAGAGUCCGACUGCCUUCUUGGAGAGGUUGUACCAGGUAUAUCGAACCUGGACGCCCAUAGAUCCCAAAGCCCCUGAGAAUGUGCAGGCAGUCGCCCUCCAGUUUGUGGCCCAAUCCGCCCCAGAUAUUAGGAAGAAGUUGCAGAAGUUAGAGGGUUUUGAGGGGAAAUCUCUCUCGGAGCUGUUGGCUGUAGCACAGAAGGUUUUUGAUAAUAGAGAGGACCCCGCGAAAGCCACUCUAGAACUAAAUAAGAAGAUGGCACAGGUCCUUUUGGCUAGGGAAAUAGGAAAUAGAGAGGAAAGAGGGAGAGAUAAGGUUAAGAUUAUAGGAGCCACUGGGGAAGCAAGGAGUUAUCCAAAGUCCAUAGGAAGAGUCGCUGGCCCUGGCCUGAAGACUAUUACUCACUCUUUCCUGGUGAUACCCGAGUGCCCUGAGCCACUAUUAGGUAGGGAUCUCCUUCAUAAGCUACAGGCCACCAUUUCCUUUGAGACAAAUGAAGGACCAAUAGUACAAGCAGGUGGCCGAAUUUUGCUCACCAUGCCGGUAAGGGAGGAAUAUCGUCUCUAUGAAGCACCACAGAAUGUAGGCAACCCGGACUUAUUAACAAGGUGGAAGCGGGAGAUUCCAAGAGUUUGGGCCGAGACCAACCCCCCAGGGUUGGCUAAACAUGUGACCCCCAUAAUAGUCCAAUUGGUCAGCACUGCCACCCCAGUCCGAGUCCGGCAGUAUCCCAUGAGUCGGGAAGCCCAGCAUGGUAUCAGGAACCAUAUUAGACGCCUAAAAGAGGCUGGUAUCUUGGUGCCCUGCAAGUCAGCCUGGAAUACACCCCUUCUCCCGGUCCGAAAGCCUGGAACGAACGACUUCAGACCAGUGCAAGAUCUGCGAGAGGUAAAUAAGAGGGUAGAGACCAUUCAUCCCACAGUUCCCAACCCUUAUACUCUCCUCAGUCUACUGUCGCCUGAUCGAACCUGGUAUAGCGUCCUAGAUUUGAAAGAUGCCUUUUUCAGCCUCCCCUUGGCCCCACAGAGCCAACCUAUCUUUGCCUUUGAAUGGACAGACCCCGAGGAAGGUGAGUCAGGACAACUAACUUGGACCCGACUUCCCCAAGGUUUUAAAAACUCUCCGACCUUGUUUGAUGAAGCCCUAAGCAAGGACCUACUGACCUUCCGAAGUGAGCACCCUGAGUGCAGCCUCCUACAAUAUGUGGACGAUCUGCUGAUCGCUGCCUUAUCUCGAGAGGAUUGCGAAAUGGCAACCAGAGACCUACUCGAGGUACUGGGGAACUUGGGGUACCGGGUAUCGGCCAAAAAGGUUCAGCUGUGUACCCAAGAAGUAACCUACCUGGGCUACCAAAUUAAAGAAGGACGAAGGGCCCUGUCUGAGGGAAGAGUCCAGGCUAUCCUAAAGAUCCCGACCCCCACUACCAAGAGACAGGUCCGGGAAUUCCUGGGAGCGGUAGGCUACUGUAGGCUAUGGAUCCCAGGGUUCGCUGAACUAGCAAAGCCCCUCUACACCGCCACUGGAGGGGGCGACACUCCUUUGAAAUGGACUGAGAUGGAAGAAAGGGCUUUCCAGGCACUGAAGGAGUCCCUGGUAAGUGCCCCAGCUCUAGGUCUCCCAGACCUGAACAAACCGUUCCAGCUGUUUGUAGCAGAAAGUGCUGGUGUGGCUAAGGGAGUACUCACUCAAACCCUGGGGCCCUGGAAGAAGCCUGUCGCCUACCUGUCUAAACGACUGGACCCAGUAGCGGCCGGAUGGCCUGGAUGUCUGAGGACAGUGGCAGCAGCCGCCCUACUGGUGAAAGAGACUACCAAACUAACUUUUGGGCAGACCCUAGAAAUCACCACAGCCCACAAUCUUGCCAGCUUACUUCGCUCCCCUCCGGACCGAUGGAUGACCAAUUCUCGGGUCACCCAUUAUCAGGUACUGUUGUUGGACCCACCCCGCAUUACUUUCAAACAGACUGCAGCCUUAAAUCCAGCUACCUUGCUCCCCAACCCAGAGGAAGACGCCACCCAUGACUGUGGAGAAAUCUUGGAAGCCCUGACCUCAUUGAGAGCUGACCUGACGGACGUCCCGCUACCAGACGCACAGGAAACCCUCUACACGGAUGGGAGCAGCUUUGUGGAAGACGGCGUACGGUAUGCAGGUGCCGCGGUGGUCACCAGCCGGGAGGUCUUGUGGGCUGCAUCCUUGCCACAAGGGACAUCAGCCCAAAAGGCGGAGCUGAUAGCACUCAUUCAAGCACUCAAGUGGGGAGCAGGGAAAAAGAUAAAUGUGUACACCGACAGCAGGUAUGCUUUUGCCACCGUCCAUGUCCAUGGGGCACUAUAUCAAGAGAGAGGACUGCUGACGGCUGGGGGAAAAGCUAUCAAGCAUGCUCAGGAGAUACUGGCCCUGCUAGCAGCUGUUUGGGGGCCAGAGAGGGUUGCUGUCAUCCACUGUAAGGGACACCAGAAAGAUGACUCAGAAGUCUCGCGAGGCAAUCGGUUGGCAGACCAGACAGCUAGGAAAGCGGCCCAAAGACUAGUGGGGACCACGGCCCAACUGGUGGUGGCUACCCCUAUACCAGGAGAAGUGACAAAAGGACAGAAACCAGUGUACUCGAAACAGGAAGAGGAGAUGAGCCGGAGACUGGGGGGGAGAUUAAAUGAAAAAAGAUAG